AUGCUCAGUGAGAGUCAUUUAGCAGUGUCAGCCGCGGGAGAAUUUGAAUCUGGCAGCGGAAGCGCCAAAUCGAAUCGGUGACUGUAAAUACGGGAGAGGCGGAAAAUUGAGCCCGGCAGCCUCUGUCCGUGGAAAAUACCGUUACCGUUUGAACGGACGCCGGAGGUGGCUGGGGGCAGGGAGCAUCUCCUGGUCGCGAAUCCCCUAUUCGAGAGCCUGUAAAUAAAAGGUGUUCAAGUUACUAGGCCUCAAGAAUCUGCUGCAACGCCUACCAGGAAAGUGGACUGCUCUUUACCAAAUAAAGUUUGAUCUACUAUCUACCUCAAAGGUAGCACAGAAAAUUGGUUAGGAAGAUUGCAAGCCAUAAUUAGAGAGUUUGUCUAUAGGCUGACUGGUGACACACAAAUCACACCAGGAAGAGGUUUCUGUCAGAUAGUGAUCAACUGGAUCAGCUAUACCUCUCCAUGGCAAAUGAUUCUGUCUAUAUAGAACCCCAGAUCCCAUUAUCCUCAAAACUUGCAAAAUUUUGAAGAGCAAUUCCAAGAAGCUGCUUCAAUCUUUGUUCAGUAUAUGACGUCUGUGAACUACAAAUAGUAUACCAUGAGAAAACGUGACGUUUUCCUUAAGGCUGUAUGUAAGGAUUCCAUUGAAGAGUUUUUGCAUUUCAUCCAACUUCAUAACGAUGCGUCAGAUCCCUUUGAUCUACAUGAAUUGGUUCAAGAGCUAUCAAGAAAGCAAAAAGAAACACUGUGGAAUAGAUUAAAGGACUUGUUAGCAAAAGUUUUGCUAGAUAAUCCCAUAGAAGAAUGGCAAAAAGUGAAGGAUGACAGCAUGGAAACUGAAAAAAAUGCAACACAGAACCAAAGUACAGCUGUGAUUCAAGGUGUAGCAACUAUAGUUACUGCAUCUGUUCCAACAUUAGAUGAAAAUAUUGACAUCAAAGCUCUUUUAGAAUGUGCUGUGAUAUUAAAUGGCAUUCUUUCUCUACUACCGGAUUCUGAAAAAUCUCUGUUGGGAGCCAUUCAGUGCCUUUCAGAAUGCUGGUGGGAGAAGGGAUUAGAAGGAAAAGAACAAUUUGGGAAAACUGCUUUUUUGAUGCUUCUGAAGAAGAGUCUGGGGAAGAAAACUGUUGUGGGGGCAGAUGUAACCCGCCUAUGUCACCUUCACCCGGUUUUGCUGUGCUUUGAUUAUGACUCAGAAGAGAGUAAUGAAAUUAAAGAUUUAUUACUUCAGUUCUUUAUGUCCCCAGGCUACUUUAAAAAAGAAGAGGGGAGAAGAUUCUUGAGCUUUCUUUUUACAUGGAAUGUAAAUUUCAUUAAGCUGAUACAUGGGACUAUUAAAAAUCAACUCCUGUGUUUUCCUAGAUCCCUGAUGAACCAUGUUGCUGAAGUUUACUUCAGAGCCUGGAAGAAGAGUUCAGGGGAAAUACUAGAGGUAAUUGAAUACAGCUGCAUUCAGGAUUUCAUGCAUCAUGCAGUUCAUCUUCCCCGGAAGUCCCCGCUACACAGUAAAGUGCGAGAGAUGCUGAGCUAUUUCCACAAACAAAAUAAAUGUCGCCAAGGAGUCGAAGAAGUUCUUUAUAGACUUUAUCAACCUAUACUAUGGAGAGCUUUGAAGGCCAGGAAUUCUGAGAUUCGUUCAAAUGCAGCACUACUUUUUGGUGAUGCAUUCCCUAUUCUGGAUCCCAGUUUUAACAAAAAUGAUAUGGAAAAAGAAAUCCAGAGGCAAUUUGAUGAACUUUUUGCUAUCUUAGAAGAUCCUCAACCCAUAAUCCGCUCAACAGGAAUACUUGGAGUUGGUAAAAUAACAUCUAAAUAUUGGGAGAUGAUUCCGGCAGCAGUGCUUGCUGAACUUCUGAAAACUUUGAUUGAACAUCUUGCUUUUGAUGCAAGUUCAGCUGAUGUCCGAUGUGCCGUUUUUAAAUGCUUGCCUAUAAUUUUGGACAAUAUACUGAGCCACCCAUUACUGGAACAGCUUCUGCCAACCCUGAAAUACAAUCUCCAUGACAAUUCAGAGAAAGUUAGGGUGGCUUUCGUUGAUAUGUUGCUGAAAAUUAAGGCUACGAAGGCUGCAAAGUUUUGGAAAAUUUGUCCUGUAGAGCACCUCUUGACUCGCCUUGAGAUUGAUUCACAGCCAGUGUCCCGGCGGCUAGUAAAUCUUCUGAUCAGCUCUUUCUUGCCCAUCAAUCAACCAGAAGUGUGGUGUGAACGCUGUGUGACACUCAUCCAAAUGAAUGCAUCUGCAGCUAGAACAUUCUAUCAAUACGCUCACAAGUACACUAGUCCCACCAAUAUAGCUAAACUCAUGCUUGCCAUUCGGAAUUGUUUGAACAGCUCUAUCCAACAGCAAUUAAAGGAAUCUGAGAGUGGAGAUGAGAACAAUGAGAAAGAAAACAUGACUGUAACAGAUAACUUACUUUCGGUUGAUGACAUACCUUCCAUGGCUGGCUUCCUUGAAAUUAUUGUAAUUCUCUGGAGGAGUAUUCAGAAACCGCUUGAUUGCAAUGAAGAAGCUAAGAAUCACAUUGUCCAAAAGUUUGCUUCUGUGCUACCAGUAUAUUUAAAAGUAUUUACGGAUGAUCGUUGUGUGUCUCCAAUAAUUAUCUUGGCAUCUUUCAUCCCACCUACUGCUAUUCCUACAUUCAGUUGCGGUGUGAUUUCAAAACUGAAGAACAUGGAAAAUGGUGUGACUGAAAAGAAGUAUUCUACCCUACUUGACUGUCUGUGUCGCUGGGGCAAAAUAGGACAUAUCCUUGAAUUAAUCUGUGAUUGGAUAACGGCUGAGCCAAGGAAUAGAAAGACUAAUAAGACUCAACGGCGAGUACAAAUCCAAGAAACGGAUGAGCCCAAACCGGAACUGGCCCUUGAUUAUUUAGAAUAUUUACUGACUCAUUGUAUGAACCGAAACUGCCUUUUGUCCCUCCCCAGAAAGAAACUGGACCAGUUUCUGAGAGUUCUUGAAUGCGGAAAGGAUGCGCUAGAUUCUUAUAUUCAAGGAUGCAACCUGGAAUAUUGUGGCCUUUAUCAAGCAACGGCAGUGAGAGCCUUCAGCCUCUACUGUAGAUUCAAUAUACAUCUUUUACAUAAGUUUGUCUCUGAAGAACAGGAUUAUCUUUCAGCUUUGGAGAAGACAGGGACCUGGAUAGAAAACAGCAUUGUGCCUCAUUUUUUGUUGGAGGAAGAAGAGGAUUACUUGAAGCCAUCCAGUGAAAUCCCUCAUCUGGUGAUUCAGACUUACCUAGCAGUGUGCAAAGAUCUUAUAGCUGUUGGACUUGGUGAUUUCGAAUUUCAAGCUAGUCUUCUGAACUUGGCAUCUAAGAUCAUAUACAGAAGAAAAGGCUCCAAUUUCAUUCCAAUGUUACUUUCUAUCCUGAGAGAGAUUGUUGAAGCUUUCUUAGCCUGUGACAUUGUCAACACUGAUUGCAUAACAGAACUUCUAAAUAAUGUUCAGAAAAUGUUCCAGAAAAUUCUAGAGUCUAUGGCAUUUAUGCUCAGAAGACAACAAGAAGAAGGGAUACAGUUAAUUCACUCUGCUCGAGAGCCUCUUGGAGAAUUUGUACACGCAUUCCUGUCCUGUGUGUUGAUUUUUCCAGCGAUUUAUCGAGGAGUUAUUUCUUCUCUUCUAGCUGCAGUAGUGGUUGAGAUAAACUGCAGCUUGAAAAAAAAGGUAUCAAAUGCAGAAGAACUAAUAACACCUAAGACAUUCUUAGAUCUCCCACCACUUUCAAGCGUUUUAAUGGCGAUUGUGAAUAAAUCAGCGAAUGGGGCUAGGUUUUUUCUAAAUGAAUUACUGGAAUACAUUGAGUCUGAAGAAUGUGAAGGAAUUAUUAGCCUUACCACUAGUGUGUACAUUGUUGUUUUAAUUAAAGGUAAACAAAAACCUUCCUAUAUAAACGCCAUUGCAGCUACUCUUCAGAAAAAAAUAACAGCAUACAACGAAAUUACCAAGGAAGGCGUGGAAAGAGUGCUCUGUGAAGCUGCUUUGGGCAUUUUGAAUGAAAUGUUGGGUCCUUGAUCACGUAGACAAGAGAAUGGGAUGGAAGAUGCAUUUAAAACUUUUCAAAGAAAACUGCAUGCCUUUUAAGUUUUUGCCUCGAGUAAAAAAGAAUAUUGUUUUGACUGGUUUCUCUUAAAUAUUUUUGUUAUAGAUUUUAAAAAAUGAGUUGUGGUUCAAAAAAUUGAUUUUAUAAAAAAUGUUUUAAUAAUGCUUAUAAAAGCUUAUAUGUUUUUAUAAAGCAUAUUUUUAAAAGUGCCAGUAUUUUAUACUGUAAGUGGUUGUGUUAUUCCGUGCCUAAUAAUGUUAAAAGUUUCUGUAGGAGAUGAGCAGGUUGAGCCCAAGGGAGGGGUCAAAUGCAUCAUAAGUUUUCAAUUCUUUCACGCCCACAAGAGUCCGGCCCUCCUUGUACAUAUAGAAGCCAUGACCUUGUACAUAAAGAAGCCAUGACCAAGCUUUUGGCUUGCCCGGGUCACAUUAAAUGAAGAGGAUUUGUCUUAGGCCGCAUAUAAAAUAUCAAAUAUAGCUAAUGUAUAUAAAUACUGCUAAAAUUGCCUAAUAAUGUUAAAAGUUUCUGUAGGAGAUGAGCAGGCUGAGCCCAAGGGAAGGGUCAAACGCAUCAUAAGUUUUCAAUCCUUUCACGCCCACAAGAGUUCGGCCCUCCUUGAAUUCCAUAAACUCUUAUCCAUUUUGCUUUGACUAUUAGCAGCUCAGAUUUUGCAGAGAGUAUACACAUGCAAUAAAUCUGUAUUCAUUUGAACUGA